AUGGUGAUGGGAUUGAAACCAGCUCCUGAUGUUGCUCAAUACUACAUUGAGAAGACAUUACAUGGUUUGAAAGAACAAGGUGUUGAAGUCUACAUCGACGAUGUUGGACUCUUUUCUAACUCUUAUGAAGAACAUAUGGAAUUGAUCAAGACUGUUGUCGAACGACUUCAAGAGGCAGGUUUCAAGAUUAAUCCUUUGAAAUGUGAAUGGUGUGUUCAAGAAACCGAUGUCAAACCUUGGAAGAAAAAGGUUGAUGCCAUCCUCAAAAUGAAUGCACCUCGCAACAUUACUGAACUAUGA